ACCACACACGAGCUGAAAGCGGCGAGGCCCGCGUGGAAGCAGCCGGCCGAUGCCCCCAAUGGCAGCGUCCCUCCGCUCCCCGCCGCCCGUGCCCGCCGCCGCCGCCGCCUUCCGCCGCUCCCGCGCCGCCGUCGUCGUCUGCGCCUCCUCCUCUUCCUCCUCGUCCUCCUCCUCCCCCUCGACCGUGUCGUCCGCUCCCAAGGCGCGCUUCGUCGCCCGCCGCUCCGAGUCCACCUCCGUCCAGCAGCUCGCCCGCCCCCUCGCGGAGUACAUGGGCCUGCCGGCGAGCCAGUACUCGGUGCUGGACGCGGAGCGCAUCGAGCGCGUCGACGAGUCCACCUUCCGAUGCUACGUCUACCGCUUCCGCUUCUUCGCGCUCGAGGUCUGCCCCGUCCUCCUCGUCCGCGUCGACGAGGAGCCCAACGGCUGCUGCAUCCGCCUCCUCUCCUGCAAGCUGGAGGGGUCGCCCCUUGUGGAGGCGCAGAAUGACAAAUUCUCCGCUUCCAUGGUGAAUAGGGUUUUCUGCAACAACAAUUCAGAUGACUCGACGCUUCAACAGCUUACAUCGGAUGCUACAAUCGAGGUUGCAAUUGACAUUCCCUUUCCGUUUCAAGCACUACCAGUUGAAGCUAUUGAAUCAAGUGGCAGGCAAGUGCUUGAGCAGUUACUCCGAGUCAUGCUUCCACGAUUUCUGAAGCAGCUUGAUAAGGACUACCAAGCUUGGGCUUCGGGCGAUUCUUCACGGAAACCGCUUGGCACCGGCGAAAUAUGAAGCUGACCCGUAUAUUCAUAGGCGUAAUGAUAGUGUUUUCUUGUUUGAUCUAGUUAAUGUGCUCGCACAUGAUCCACUUCCUCAUGAUAGUCUGUCCUUGGAAACUCUCGUGGUUGUAUAUUGUCAUCCCACAGUCAUUUGGUCGAUCCAUGCGUUUUUUCUUCGUUUAAAA